CUUGCUUUUAAAAAAAAAAAAAACAUCAUAGCUUAAAAAUGUUAGAGUUGGAAUCUUCAAAUGAGGAAUUUGGCAUUAGCAUUACCAUCCUUCAGCAGGGUCAGCCCCAUCUCUAAUUUGUCAGUAACCUUAGCAGCUUCUCCUCCAUUUUUCUCUCCUCAACCUCGUUGUUCACUCUUCCACUUCACUCCCAUUUCUCACUACAUCAAAAAACUGUCAGCUAUUUUGGCCAUGGAUUCUACUAAAGCUGGUCCAGUGAAUGAAUUGCCAGUGGGGCUAGAUGAAGCUAGCGAAGAAGAAUAUGCUUCCCAGUCUAAAUUACUUCAAGAGUUUACUAGUAUCUCUAGCAUUGACAAGGCAUGGACUUUUAAGUCUGACAAUGGAAUAGUCUCCCAGGCAAUGUUUUCAAUUAGCCAACCAAAUCUUUUGGCAAACAAGAAACGAAAAUAUAUGCUGUCCACUAGUAUUUCAAAGGAAAGUAAUAAUAAUGUAAACUUCCAAUGGGCCCCAUUUCCUGUUGAGAUGACUGGAGUGUCCUUAAUUGUUCCCUCACCAUCAGGUUCAAAGCUUCUUUUGAUUCGAAAUCCUGAAAAUGAAUCUCCCUCGCAAUUUGAAAUAUGGAGUCCAUCUCAGUUGGAGAAGGAGUUCCAGAUUCCCCAGUCUGUUCAUGGCUCAGUGUAUGCUGAUGGAUGGUUUGAGGGAAUCUCUUGGAACUCUGAUGAAUCUCUUAUUGCUUAUGUUGCUGAGGAGCCAUCUCCCUGCAAGCCUUCUUUUGACUAUCAGGGUUACAAAAAAGGUGCUACAAAAGAUAAGGAAUGUAGUAGCUGGAAAGGUCAAGGGGAUUGGGAGGAGGAAUGGGGGGAAUGCUAUGCAGGAAAAAGGCAGCCUGCAUUGUUUGUAAUCAAUCUAAACAGUGGCAAGGUACAUGCUGUUAAAGGAAUUGUGGAGUCUUUGAGUGUAGGCCAGGUGGUUUGGGCUCCACCAGUGGAAGGCACAGAUCAAUAUUUGGUUUUUGUGGGGUGGUCAGCAGAUCCGAGAAAGCUUGGUAUAAAAUACUGCUAUAAUAGACCCUGUGCGCUAUAUGCGGUGAAGGUGCCACCUUAUAAAUCAGAAGCUGCUGAGUCUGAUCUCAAAUCAAUGGAAGAAUUGACUCUAGUCAACUUAACACAAAGCAUAAGUAGUGCAUUCUUUCCACGAUUCAGUCCAGAUGGAAAGUUCCUUGUGUUUCUGUCUGCAAAAGCCUCUGUGGAUUCUGGGGCACACUCUGCAACUGAUUCUCUUUACCGAAUUGAUUGGCCAACUGAUGGCAAGCUAUGCUCAUCUACAAAAAUCAUGGAUGUGAUUCCUAUAGUGAACUGUGCUGAGGAUGGUCACUUGCCUGGGCUUUACUGUUCAAGUCGUCUCAGUAAGCCAUGGCUUUCCGAUGGAUGCACUAUGAUUUUAUCUUCCUACUGGCACAGCUGUCAAGUGACACUUUCUGUAAAUGUGUUAAGUGGUAAAGUAUUACGUAUCAGCCCUGCUGACUCAGAUUUUUCGUGGGAUGUUCUUACACUAGAUGGGGACAAUGUCAUUGCCGUGUGUAGCAGUCCUAUAGAUGUUCCUCAAAUCAAGUAUGGUUGUCUUGAAAAAGCAUCUAAUAGCACUGGAUGGCGAUGGCUAAAUGUGUCAAGUCCCAUUUUCAGAUGUUCUGAGAAGGUUAUGUCUCUGCUUUCAUCUCAUCAGUUUAGUAUUAUGCAAAUUCCAGUGCAAGAUGUUUCGGAUUGCCUAACAAAAGGAGCUGCUAAACCUUUUGAGGCAAUAUUUGUAUCUUCCAAGAAAAAUGAUGCACCUGAUCCACUAAUAGUGGUGCUUCAUGGGGGCCCACAUUCCGUCUCCUUGUCAAGCUUCUCAAAGUCAUUGGCAUUUCUCUCUUCUAUUGGUUACAGCUUAUUAAUUGUAAAUUAUAGAGGUUCACUGGGAUUUGGUGAGGAAGCAUUGCAAUCUCUUCCUGGAAAAGUGGGAUCUCAGGACGUGAAUGAUGUACUCACAGCUAUAGAUCAUGUCAUUGAGAAAGGACUUGCCAACCCAUCUAAAAUAACUGUUCUUGGUGGUUCCCAUGGUGGAUUUCUAACCACGCACUUGAUUGGCCAGGCACCAGAUAAGUUUGUUGCAGCUGCUGCAAGGAAUCCAGCUUGUAAUCUUUCAUCCAUGGUUGGUAUAACUGAUAUCCCUGAUUGGUGUUACGUGGAAGCUUAUGGAAGUCAUGGAAAAAGUAUAUUUACUGAAGCACCUACAGCUGAACACCUGACUCACUUUUACAAUAAGUCUCCUAUAUCACAUAUCUCAAAGGUUAAAGCUCCAACCAUGUUUCUUUUAGGUGCUCAGGAUCUUCGUGUUCCAGUUUCCAAUGGAUUGCAAUAUGCACGGGCAUUAAAGGAGAGAGGAGUUGAGACCAAAGUUAUCCUGUUUCCUCAUGACAUUCAUGGAAUUGAGAGGCCACAAUCCGACUUCGAAAGCUUCCUCAAUAUUGGUGUGUGGUUCAAGAAGUACUGCAAAUGAACAAGUUUAUGCGUAGUGUCAAGCCUAUUUUGUAUGGUGUGAAUCUAGAGUCCAGAUUGUUGGCUAAUUAGCUACUUGGGCUUGGGGAUCAUGCCGUACUCAUCAAGAAUUUAAUCAUCAUAAUCUUGAUUAAGAUGGUUUGUCUUUGCAAGACAUUCAAUAAUAUACUGAUUCUUGCUUUUAGUUAUACCCUCAUUUUCAGCAUAUAUCUAUACUUUAAGAGGCGGUAAUAUGGACAAAAUGGGUCGGCACGUCACAAUCCUAUGUUUGGAAUGGCAUUAUGAUGGGCUGGGGUGAUACAAUACAAAAAUUUGGAUUGUGUGAGGCACGGAUUUUAUGAAAAAACCUUCGGCUCAGCA